GCUUGGAUGCGGAACUACGAUGAGGAGAGAAACACACAGAGGCGAGAGAAACGCGCCUUGUGUAAAUAACAGUUUUGCUUAUUUUACAUGUUGAUGAGUGACUAGUAACGUAAAAUGUCAUGAAUUCAGCAUCUCCUGGGAAUUCAUCCGUAUUAUCGUCCCAAUGUAAUGGGAUGCCUGCCUGUCCCAAGGAAUAUUGCGGCGGUUAGGGAACGCGUAACUUUGCCAAUAUGCCCUAUUGGACAUUGACGCACAUUCAGGAGUCCUAUGGAAUAUAGCCUGCUUUGUCAAAGUUCUUUCAUUAUUUCGCUUCACUCGGUGAAAAAUAAACUCUUUCUCUUUUGCAUCAUGCUGUCACUAUGGGUGUAUAUGCUGUAUUGCUGCGUUGGGUACUGCUCAACAAUGCCAAGUUUUGUGAUAGAUUCAGCAGGUAGGAAGAUGGAACGGCUUGAAGAGGAUCCCUACCUAAAGAUACAAUCCAGGCUUCCAAAAAACGGGGGAGAGUUGGAUUCCUCGUUACCUUUUAUCAAGGCACUAUCAAGGGACUUACUAAAUAACGAGAAUGAAGUGGACAGCAGAGCAGAAGAGUGGGAGGAAAUUAAAGGCGAGCAGCGGACCGUUGAGGAUAGUACCAUGUCAGGUGUCGUAAAUGGGUCGGAGACCAAAAAGUUGCCCCAGGCUAUUAUCAUUGGAGUGAAAAAGGGAGGCACGCGGGCUCUGCUUGAAUUUCUCCGUGUCCAUCCCGAUAUCAGAGCCGUGGGAGCCGAGCCACACUUCUUUGAUCGGAACUAUGAGAAAGGGCUUGAGUGGUACAGAGAUCUGAUGCCCAAGACUCUGGAAGGUCAGCUCACCAUGGAGAAGACGCCAAGCUACUUUGUUACCAAGGAAGUUCCGGCCCGGAUCUACACCAUGUCAAAGGACACUAAGCUGAUAGUUGUGGUACGGGACCCCGUGACUCGAGCCAUCUCAGAUUACACGCAGACCCGGUCCAAAAAGCCCGACAUCCCGUCCUUCGAGAGUUUGACCUUUAAAAACAUGACGGCAGGCCUUAUAGAUACCACUUGGAGUGCCCUCCAGAUUGGCAUGUACGCCAGGCAUCUAGAGCGUUGGCUUGAGUUCUUCCCCAUGAGUCAGAUGCUGUUUGUAAGUGGGGAGCGUCUGAUUAGCGACCCUGCGGGAGAGAUGGCUCACGUACAGGACUUCUUGGGAUUGAGGAGAGUGGUCACCGACAAACAUUUCCAUUUCAACCCCGCGAAGGGUUUUCCCUGCCUCAAGAAGCCUGAGAGCAAUAGCAAACCCCAUUGCCUGGGCAAAACCAAAGGCCGUACCCACCCAAACAUCAACCCAGAUGUGGUGCAGAGACUACGAGACUUCUACAAACCGUUCAACCAGAAGUUCUACCAUAUGACUGGACAUGAUUUUGGGUGGGAUUAAGAACUGACUGAAAAUAGCAACACGUUCUUUUAGAGAAAUUCUUAUAUGUGUAAAAAAAAAAGCAAAAAAUACUCAGAAAUCUAUUUUAUAAUAAUUUAUUUCAAAGCAAUUAACUCAAUCUGACGCCUGUCCAUGGUUGUAUAUAAACUGUAUACCUGAAA